UUUCCUGGACAACUGCAGGAGAGGAGGGAUCACUGGAGUGUGUGUGCUUGUUGUCAUACACACACACACCGACUGUCUGUCCUCACUUUUGGAUUUAAUCUGCCUCAUAUUGAAACUACUUUUUAAUCAACCCUUCCCGUCACUUCAAACCAGUAUAAUGCAGAAGUAACGUGUGUAUGUGUAAGUGUGUGCGCGUGUGUGUAACGUUCUCAUACAGGCAUGCAGACAGUAACGGUUACUGUAGGUAAGCAGGGUGUCGACAGGUAACCAACGUUAGGUUAGCUGGAGAAAACGGGACAACACCUUUUUACCGUAUUUUGUCGCUUCCUCCGGGUUGAAACUCCCAAACGGAGCCGCUUCUCUUCUCGGGUGUACCCGCUACCACCGGACCCCGUCUUCGGUGUUUACAUCGGCAGAAGAAAUGUCGGAGGAAAAAACGGACAUUCCCACAGAACUGCUCGAGAGCGUGCGGGAGGCGGUGGGUCGGAGGGUGAAACUGACCCUGAGGCGCAAAGUCCAGCUGGAGGUCAAAGGUGACAAGGUGGAGAACAGAGUGCUGGCCUUGGCAUCACAUCGAGCCUUUCUGCUGACAGCACGCAUCCCAUCCAAGGUUGAACACUCCUUCAGCUACCUGGAUAUCCAGGGAAUCAGCAGCAACAAGCCCACUCAGUUGGUGUUGGAGUGUGAGCGCGGCCCAUGGAGCCUCCGGCUGAGCUCGGUGGAGGAAGUAGACGAGGUGAUCGCUCACAUCGGAGGCUGCCUGCACCGGAUCUGCCCCGCCGGCUCACCUGUGAAGGUGAUGAGGAAGCUGAGUCUGAAGCCUCCGGAGAGGACGGCGGCGCUCCAGGCCGUCUGGGAUGAGCAGGGCUCAGCUGAUCUGGGACCCUGCGGCGGUUUCUCUCAUCAGUACUGGUGUGUGUGUGACUACCUGGGUCUGCCCUACAGAGAGGAGGUCCAAUGGGAUGUGGACACCAUCUAUCUCACUCAGGACACCAGAGAGCUCAACCUGCAGGACUUCAUUCACCUGGAGAACAGGGAUCUGGUGCCAAUCAUUGCAGCUCUGGAGUACAACCAGUGGUUCACUAAACUCUCUGCCAAAGACUAUAAACUGCCUACAGACGUGUGCGACCAAAUCCUCAGAGUGGUGGCUCGAUCCAGCCGGCUGGAGGAGCUGGUGCUGGACAACACUGCUCUCAAAAGUGAUUUUGCUCAGAAACUGGCCGGCGCUCUGUCACAUAACCCCGCCUCCACGCUACACACACUCAACCUGAGCAACAACUCGCUGGAGGACAAAGGUGCGUCUGCUCUGAGCGCUCAACUCGCCAAACUGCCCAUGGGCCUGAAACACCUGAACCUCUCCAGAACCUCCAUGUCUCCUAAAGGUGUGAACAGUCUCUGUCAGGCUCUCUGCGCCAACCCGGCCAUCUCCUCCACCCUCACACACCUCGACCUGUCGGGAAACUCACUCAAAGGUGACGACCUGCCGAAUCUGCACAGCUUCCUGAGUCAGUCCAACUGCCUGGAAACUCUGGAUCUGUCCAACAGCGACUGUUCUCUGGAGCAGGUGUGUGCGUCUCUGCUCAGAGGAUCUUUGAAGCAUCUUUCUGUCCUCAACAUGUCAAAGACGGUUUACUCUCACAGGAAGAGUAAAGAAAUCCCUUCGUCCUUCAAGCAGUUCUUCAGCUGCUCUCAGGCUCUGAACUCAGUCAGCCUGUCGGGAACCAAGCUGCCUCUGGAGGCUCUGAAAGCUUUGUUGUUGGGACUCGGAUGCAACCCGAACCUCAGCGAAGUGUCUCUGGAUCUCAGCUGCUGUGAGCUGCGUUCAGGAGGCUCUCAGAUCCUGGAGGGUUGUAUCGCUGAGAUCCCCAACAUCACCAGUCUGGACAUCUCUGACAACGGUUUGGACAUGGAUCUGACCACGCUGCUGGUCUGGCUGGCCAAGAAUCGCUCCAUCAGACACCUUUCACUGGGCAAAAACUUCAACAACAUCAAGUCCAAAAAUGUGGCUCCAGUCCUGGACAACCUGGUUCAUAUGAUCCAAGAGGAGGAAUCACCGCUGACCUCGCUCUCCCUGGCUGAUUCCAGGCUGAAGGCCGAGCUCUCCAUCGUCCUCAACGCUCUGGGCAGCAACACCUCUCUGACCAAACUGGACAUCAGCGGAAACGCCAUGGGAGACAUGGGGGCAAAGAUGCUCGCCAAAGCCCUGCAGAUUAACACCAAACUAAGGACAGUAGUGUGGGACAGAAACAACAUCAGCCCUCAGGGUCUGCAGGAUGUUGCAGCUGCUUUAGAGAAGAACUACACCAUUCGUUUCAUGCCUGUUCCCAUCAUGGAUGCUGCUCAGGCGCUGAAGGCGAGUCCCGAGAAGACAGAGGACGCCUUGCUGAAGAUGGAGCAGUACCUGCUGAGGAACCAUGAGACGCGUAAAUACCUCCAGGAGCAGGCGUACAGGCUGCAGCAGGGCAUCGUCACCACCACCACGCAACAGAUGAUGGACAUGAUGUGUGUGAGGGUGCAGGAUCACCUGAACUCACUGAGGUUCACAGAGACCAACUCGGUCCAGGAGGACAUGAAGGUGGCAGAGAACCUCAUGAUCGAUGCCAGGAACUCAAAGACCUUGCUCCCCAACCUGUACCACCUGAGGAGCGGGGGCUCGAGGGGAGCGUGUGUCGGAGCCAUUCAGGACAAACUGGAGUCAAUGGCCGGAGAGGUGUCCAGAGUGAUGGACGAACAGCUGCAGACGAUGCUGGUGUCCAUGGUGGAUGCCGCCGAGGGUCUGUGCCCUCAUGUGAUGAAGAGGAGCAGCCUUCGACAGGAGCUGCUGAAGGCUGGUACGGGGAGGAUGACCGUUCCUCGCAGCUUCAUCACCACCACGCUGCUGGAGCAGUCCGGGGUCGACAUCAUCAAUAAGAUCAGUGAAGUGAAGCUCAGCAUUGCGUCAUUUCUGUCUGAUCGCAUCGUGGACGAAAUCCUGGAGUCUCUGUCCAGAUCACAGCAUACAUUGGCCGACCAUCUGAUCAGGAAGGACCAACCUCUGCUGCGUCAGGAGCCUCAGAUGGAGGCAGAGGUUCUGGAUGAGACGGUUCUGCAGCCAGAAAACCACAACCAGGAACAGAAACAAGACCAGGACCGAAAACACGGGCUGGAGGACAUGGACACCUGCAUGAUGACUCCUAAAUCCAAGAGGAAGAGUAUUCUGGUCAGGAUGCUGCGUCCAGUCUCUGUGGCUUUUGAGAUGGAGUUUGACCUAGACAAGGCUCUGGAGGAGGUUCCCAUCCAUGUUGAGGACCCACCUCCUCCUUCACAGCCAUCGGACAAAACAUCAACCAGCUACGGAGACCUCCCCCGUUCCCCUACUCCACUGGACACGAAGCCUGUCUGUUUGAGUGAGCUGCCGCCUGUGGAGCACAAGACGCUGGAGCAUCGCACCAAACUCCGUCCAAAACCCAAGAAUAGGGCAAAACCCAGCCGACCAACUCGGGAGGCCACCGGCAGCUCGGCGCCACAAGAGGCGGAGCAGAACACCAUCAUGGGAAAGCUGGACGAGGGUCUGGAGGAGUUCUUCUCCAAGAAAGUCAUUAAACUUAGCUUCAAACGUCCCACUGUAAAAGGUCCGUCCUCAAGCACGCGGGAAGGAGCAGAAAAGAAACGUGAAUCCAGGAAGAGCGGUUUCUUUAACCUCAUCAAAUCCCGAACUUCCCGCUCAGAGAAAAGCCAUGGGGCCGCCUCUGUCAGCCCACCCCACCCUGCUUCCUCCACCAGCGCCCAACAGUCUCCGUCUAUUACCACAGUAACAGAGGAGUCAACGCCGACAUCCCCCGGGCCGCAACAGGAGGUCCACAGGGCUCAAUCCUUGGACCACACAGAUUCUGACACUGAGGUCUCUCCAACCGCUGCUGAGGAGGAAAAGGAGGAGGACACCGUAGAGAAGAAUGAGACUGUUGAGAAGGAUGAGACCGUUGAGAAAAAGGACACUGAGGAGAAAAAGGAGAACGUGGGGAAGAAGGAGAACCCCCAUAUCCCGCGUCAUAUUGGUGUCCCCGUAAUGGGCAUGGACCUGAUGGCUGAGAUGAAGGCCAGGCAGGAGAGAAAAGCUGCUCAGAAGUCUGAGUCGUCGCUCUUGGCGGACAAGGUGAACGCUGGCACAGCAGACGCUGAUGACUCCAGACCAGAGCCGGCUCCCAGGUUAAAACCACCCAGCGUCGGCCCCAAACCACCUCCACCUCAGGUAACCAAACCCCUGCCGAAUCCCCGCAUCUCUGGGCCCACCAGUCCCACCAGUCCAACCAGUCCCAGACCAACCAGCACCUACGUCCAUGAUGAUUCUGCGGAGGCUCCAGCUGACAGCUCGUCUCACAAAGGACCACUUCCUGUUCCUUGCCAGAAGAGGGCGUCAUCAGAGCAGGAGAGAGAGAGCACCAGCAGCAAUCCAGCUGGACCCCUGUCUCCAGUGGACGUUGAGUUUCCUGCGGACGCUGAUGCUUUCGAGUCGCCCGGCACGGAGGUUGAACCCGCUGGCGGCGGCGGCGGCAGACAGUGGUCGUCUCUGAAGGGUUCAACCAACCUUCCUUCUCCGAGAGAGGAAGACCGAGAGCGAGCCAAGUCCCUCCCCGCCUACGUGAGGCCUCCGUCUGUGGCAGACACAGAUCUCAGUCCAGCUGAGGAGGAGACGACUCCUCCCGUCGCCGACAUCAAAUCUGAAAACAAAUCAGAGGACGAGUCUUGUGACGACAACGUUUCAGUCUGAUACCGACAACAAGCUGUUUACACUUAAAUCCUGCUCGACUGUCCUUCCUCCACCAGAGAAACUUUAAAGAGGUCGACUGCAUACAAACUCUGGAAAGCAGAGACGAUGAUGAUACUUUUUUUUUUUUUUUUUUUACUAUUUCUGAUGAGGCACAUGUAAAGCGCAGGGGACACUGUAAGUUGUGGCGUCUGUCCUGCUGUUAUCAGAGGUGUUUUCUUACCUCGGAUCAGUCGCAGCUGUCCAGCCAAAACAACUCCAUUACUGUCUCUGUCAACAGCUCUAAUAGGACCGUAAAGAGCAGAACCAGAUGGGUUUUAUCUGGUGCAGAGAGGAUCUGUGGUUGCUUAGAUAACCAUGUCCAGCUAUAAAAAGCUUAGUUAGUCCAAAGCACUGAGGAGAAUGACUCUGACUUUAAGUAGAUCCACAUUGAAGCAGUUUGGGUUUUAUGUCUGUCCUGCAGGUAAAUUGUGGCUGGUGGGUCAAUGACCUCUAUCAGCAAUUCUACUGGACAAAUAACUAAACAUAAACAAGUUUCAGUUAAGUUUUUUUUAUCCCGCAAACUUUCUGUUUUCAUCUUUAAACAGUAGGUUGUCCACAAAUUAGAAAAUGAUAUGAGCAGCAGCCGGUGUCAAAAUCAAAGAGAAAGAUUUUUUAUUUUUUUUUACCUCAAAAGGUCAAAGUGACAUAAAAAACUGCUUCAAACUGACGCAAAUUUAUCAGUUUUAGCUUUUUUUUGUUUCACUAAAACAGACAUUUCUCUAUUUUAUGACCGCUAACGAUGCUAAUCCGCCUCGUAAAAAAAAAAACUGCUGAAGGUUUUAUUUAAUUACAAGGAAACAGAUGAUCGAUACUGUGACCUUCAACAUGCAUUGGAUAUUAUGAUAAGCCAUAAUUCUAUUUGUUAUUAAAGAUUAUGCAGAUAUUUUGUUGUUGAUAUUGUUCGUCAGGGUUGUGCAGGACAUUCAUUGAGUCCAUCAACAGAAGAGGUUUAAGGUGACCUCAUCUAUUUACACAUAUAUAAGUAGCUGAUAUGUGGUGAUGACAACUGAGUAAAAAAGCUAUCAAGUGGGCAUUGAGUCAAAAUGAUUUUGUCAAACUACUAUUUCCAAAAACAAUAAUAGACUUUCAUCCUCUAUAAUAAAUUGUAGUUCCAGUUCUACAGACGUGUCUUACACUGUAAAAUGUUUUGUCUCACUCUCCUCUCAAAAGUCGUAUUUCUUGAAAAAAAACCAAAAAUUCAUCCAAUGGGUUGAGUUAUUGUUGAGUGUCCAAAAUAAGACGUAAUAAUGCAAAUCUGUGUAAUGAUAAAGUUGUGAAAAUUCCAGAUAAUUCUAUAAACUUCUUGAAGGAAAUUCAUUUGUAUUAAAAAAAUAGGCUGAAAUAAUCUCACUUCAUUGGAGUUUUUCCAUUAAUUUUAAGAAUAUUAGUUUUAAGGACUCAGUAAUAUACAGUAAAUAUGACAGAGAGGGUUUUUUUCAGUGUAUGUGUGUAAUGGCCAGUAUUCACAUCAACCUGACAGAGUUACUGUGCUUUACUGUGAAUGAAAUACAGUAAAUAUUCGUAUAUAGCAUUUAUAAGCAGUAUACAAACAUCAAUAAAUGGUUUAUAAUGUAGU